AACUCCAGCCUCCCCUACCACUUCGUUAUGUGCUAUCUGUACCAGAACCAGUGGAUUGAAAUUACUGUAGUUUCGUGUCGGGUGUAAUUUGAUCUCAGCAUCUGGGGGUGGCGCUUUGCAUUGUGGUAGUUGUAGUCAUUUUUCCUUUAAGCGACUAUUAACUGUUGACGCGAAGAGAAUUUCUGUGAACUACAGUUCCCAAGGCUUCGUAGUAUUUUUUUCCAGGGACCUUUGCAAACGCAAUGGCGAGGAAGUUGCAAAUGUCAGCGAGCAAAGGGUAAUGUAGGUUUCUCAAAGUAAAUCAACAAGGUAAAAGCAAAACUCAAAGUCAGAGAUUGCUCUAAUUCUAUUUCAUUAUAAGGGCUGCACCUUUCGUGCACACACUAUGCAUGUGUUGCUUAGGUGCAGACUACAGUAGGAUAGAUCUAUGCAGUAAUCAAGGGACGCUUUAGUUCAUCUAAUCUAGAUCUUAGUUUGUUGGUAACAUAUUAAGACUUGUUUUCCCUCAUCAUGUUUUCUGCUUCGUUUAUGCGAGUUAUUCAAUGCAGCGAGAAGUUACAAGGCUCGCCAGGAAAGUGGUUACUUGCACCCCAUGGGAAGAUGUUUCUAAGGACUUGGCGGUGUUUUAGGUGGGGGCAGGAAUUUGCCCACAGAGAAUCUGUGUUGCGCCCUCGUAUGAUUUUCCAAGUUGCUAAACAAAAUAUCUGGACCCAGGAGGGGUCCCUGAGAGCUGGGAAUAAAAGCAAACAAGUGUCUGUGCAAAGAAGUCAAAAAGGAGGAGCACCCGUGUCGGCUGCUCAGAAAGUGAAAGAAGCUGGAAGGGAUUUUACCUACUUAAUAGUGGUGCUCAUUGGGAUUGGUGUUACAGGUGGUUUGUUCUAUGUGAUUUUUACAGAACUAUUCUCUUCCUCCAGUCCCAGUAAGAUUUAUGGCGAUGCCUUGGAGAAAUGCAGAUCUCACCCAGAGGUAAUAGGUGUUUUUGGUGAACCCAUUAAAGGUUAUGGUGAGCCAACGCGACGAGGAAGACGACAGCUUGUCAGUCACUUUGAGUAUGUAAAAAAUGGAUUGAAAUACAUGCGCUUGAAGUUCUACAUUGAGGGCUCAGAACGGGGAAAGCAAGGGACAGUCCAUGUGGAAGUGAAAGAGAAUCCUGAAAGCAGAAGAUAUGAGUACCGUUACAUAUUUGUGGACAUUGAGGCCUACCCUAGAAGAACCAUUGUAAUUGAAGAUAAUAGAUAGUAACUUGGUUCUUUCACUGUGACAGUUCUUGAAGAGUGCUGAAUGAUGCACAGUCAGUGUACAAAUGAAUGCCGAGUGAUGCAGCAUACAUCUACAAUUUCACAACCUUACUCCCUUACUUACAUCCGUGGAAUCUCAUUGAAGGUACUGGGGUUGCACAGGUGUAACUGGGGCCAGUAGAGAGUUGGAAGUAUAAUAGGAUUUGAAGUGAACCAAAUUUUAAAAUAGUGUCCUCCUUUAUCACAAAAAGGCAUGAGAUAGGAAAGAAUAGUUAUACAAUGAAUUUAAUACUGGAUAGUAUUUCUACACAGAACCCCUAAUAUUGUCUUCCAACACUUCAAAGUUAUUUUUCUUUUGUUUAUAUUUCACAACAGCACUUCAAUAAAGAAUGACAUACAAAAUGUAGAAAAAUAAAUGUUCAUUUAUGUGCAGCCACUGUGUUUGAUAGUGAGAUAAAAUGAGAAGAUAUCAGCAAUGCAAGGAGACUUUAUUGCAGAUGCAGCUAUAAAUAUGCAUCACAGUAUUGCGUGGCCCGACAAGAUGAAUUAGGAUGAAAGGCAAUAAAAUUUAGCAGCUUCUAAGAAGUCUCAAUAGAAUGAGGGAGGUACAAACUUCUGAGCUAGUCAGACAUAUAGGACCUGGUCCUGGCACUAACCUAGCAGAGAGGACUUGAUCGUAGUACUCAGUACUGUGGGGAUUUUGGACUGCAAAGCAGUCCCUAUAUAACUAUGGGGAGUAGUUGUAUGGCAAAACUUCAUAUUGUGGCCACUGUCUAUUAGAUGGAAAACAAUGCCACUUUGGUACCGGGUAUCUCCUUGAUCAUCAGGCGCUUUAGAGACCAGGCCAAAAUGACUAGUAACAAACCUUCAGAGCUGCAGGUCUUCAUGCUUUAGUUGUGGUGCCUUAGUUCUGAAUCACUUUCCCCUAUUUGAUGAGGCAAAUCUCUCUGCUCUUCAGAGGAGGCUUAAGGGACUCUUGUUGUUUAAAUGACCAAUAAAAAAGCCAAAUUGAUUCCUCCA